AGAAGACGUCGGUUUAGUUCCUGGUUGUAUAGUCAGGAGAGUCCGUGCAGAUUGUUUUUCCGUAUCUUUAAUCUAAUCGAUCGGUGUUUUUCCACCAGCAUGUUAAAAGGUUUAGGGACGUGGUUGGGUCUGGAGGGCCCGACCGUCACGAAGACGUCGGUUGACAAGGAAAAGCUGAACGUGGGGCAGGAAGAGAAGGUGGUAGAAGCACAAACCGAGGUAAACAAACAGCAGCCAGCUGACCAGGAUGGAACACCAGAGGCGGAGCAGGAAAACUUGGAACAGUCCACAGGACUCGGCGGUUACAUCUUCAGUUUUGCUUCCAAUGCCACCAAGAAAAUCUCUGAGUCAAUGGUGGAGACUGCCCAGAACAUCAAGAAGACAGUGGAAGAAGGAAAAAUUGAUGGCAUCAUAGACAAGACAUUUUUAGGGGAUUUCCAAAAAGAGCAAGAGAAAUUUGUCCAGGAGAAGAAGGCCAAGAAAUCAGAAGCAGCAGUGCCACCCUGGGUAGGCUACAAUGAAGAGGAGACAAUCCAGCAACAGAUUCUCGCUCUGUCCGCUGACAAGAGGAACUUCCUCCGCGACCCUCCCGCUGGUGUUCAGUUCCACUUUGACAUGGAACAGAUGUAUCCUUUAGCUGCAGUCAUGCUGGAAGAAGAUGAGCUCCUCAACCGCAUGCGCUUUGACCUGGUUCCUAAACAUGUGAAGGAGGAGAUGUUUUGGCGGAACUAUUUCUACCGGGUGUCUCUGAUCAAGCAGUCGGCUCAGCUCACAGCCCUGGCAGCCCAGCAGCAGCGGAAGGAUAGUGUGGACAAAGGAGCCAGUGUUUCACCUGAAGACAUCGUCCUAACAGACAAUGUCAGACCAAAAACGCCGCCAGUUUCCAUCAGUGACAUACAGAAGCCAACGCAUGAGGAAGAGGAGGAGAUUUCAACAAGUCCCGGAGUGUCCGAGUUUGUUAGUGAUGCUUUUGACUCAACGGCCAUAAACCAGGAGGACCUAAGGAAAGAGAUGGAGCAGCUGGUGCUGGACAAGAAGGACAGUCCUUCUCCUGAUGACGAAUCAGCAGAUUGGGAAAAGGAGCUGCAGCAAGAACUUCAGGAGUAUGAGGUGGUGACGGAAUCGGACAACAAAGAUGACCAGUGGGAUCAAGAGAUCGAGAAGAUGCUCCAGUCUGACGACAGCUAGUGUGUUUGAUGCAUUUACAGUCACUUAUCUGGGCUGAAAUUAAUGAAUCGUGACCAGUGAUGCACGAGGGGAGGAACUUUACACGACUCUCAUUUCUAUCUCGUAUCUGAUGAAGUGUCGUAGAUCCAAUUAUAGCAAGAAUGUGUCACCUCUGCUGGAGGCAGCAGUCAUUUUCUGCCAUAUUAGUGAGUUCAUUGUUCCCUCCUAAAUGAGUUUGCUCUAUUUGGUUCUCCUAAUCAGCUGUGUUUUUGAAGAGAAAUAUCACUAGAUGAUACUCCAGUACAAGUACUAUAAAUUUUAUAAUGGAGGGAAAUGGUCUUUAUUAUGUUUUGUUUGUUUGUUUUUUAAUCUUUGUUUUUCACUGCUGGUUCCUGGUGGGUUGGAUAGUCGUAUAUACGUCUUGCUGUAAUCUUAGUACAGAGAAGUCAAAUGUAAAGUAACAUGUAUGUAAAUAAAGAAGACUGUAACACUAAA